CAGCACUCCCCAGUUGUACUAAAAAUGAACCAGACGAUAAAGACCAAAUUGAGAACUUUGAUAUGAGCUUAGUGCAAUUUGUGCCGGCCUGUAGUUUAAGUUGAAGAUGCAGUUACUUAAGAAACUAAUUAUAUCGGCCCUAGCGAUCAUAUGCAUCAUACCUACUGUGUGCUUUGCCUGUGAACCACCCGCUUCAUCCCACUCGAACAAAGCAAGAUAUGAUUACUUCCGUAUUUACCGAUUGUUCCUGGAAACGGAAGUGCAAGUGAAUCUGAUGCAACAGAUGGAAAAUCGAAGCGACAGUUAUACCUUUAUGGGUCAUGCUCGCCAUGCAAACCAGAAUUUAACCAUAAUGGUUGCUCCCCAGAAAAUUGCGGAAAUCACAGACCUGUUGGAACGAUAUAGUAUUCAAGGAUCAGUGCUGUUGUAUAACAUUCAGGAUAUCAUCGAGAAAGAGCUACCCACCAUCAAGCCCAAGGGAACGGAUCCGAGCCAGUUUGACUGGAAACACUACUUCCAAUUGGACACUAUCCACAAAUGGCUUGACCUUCAAGCCUCCAAAUAUCCUUUCUUGACGGUCAUUCCCUUACAAGCGAGUUAUCAGCGGAACUUGAUCAAAGGAGUCAAAUUAUCUAAGAAAGCUGGCAAUAGCGCAGUUUUCGUUGAGUGUGGAAUUCACGCUCGCGAAUGGAUUUCGCCCGCCGUUUGCACCUACAUAUUGAACCAGUUACUCGUUUCUGAGGCCCCUGAAGUGCGUGACCUGGCGGAUAACUUCGAUUGGUUCUUCUUCCCGGUGGUUAACCCCGAUGGAUAUAAGUACACCUUCGAAUCGGAUCGCCUCUGGCGCAAAAAUCGUAAACCAUAUGGUCUCUGCCGGGGUGUCGAUUUGAAUCGCAACUUCGAAAGCGAUUGGAACGGGAUCGGUGCCAGCUCGGAUCCGUGUGCGUAUGACUUUGCAGGAGCUUCGGCAGCAAGCGAACCGGAAACGCAGGUGCUCCAACAGUUCCUGAAGGAGAAUGCGAAAUCGAGUCGGAUUAAGACCUACUUCUCGAUGCAUUCCUUCUCCCAGCUGAUAAUGUUUCCCUAUGGUUAUACGAAGGAUAGGGUGCCGAACUACGAGGAUUUGAAGCAGAUUGGCGAACUAGGUUCCCAAGCCAUAAGGAAUACCCACGGGAAGGAAUAUGUGUCGGGUGCUAUGAUUGAAACUAUAUAUCCAUCGUCUGGGGACAGUGUAGACUGGGCCUACAGUGAGUGUGACGUUCCGAUUGCUUUCACGUUUGAGUUGAGAGGACCUCCGGACAGUACGAAUAUGUUCAUUCUUCCUGCCGAAGAGAUUAUACCCACAGGGGAGGAAACGUUGGCGGCUUAUGUUGCUAUGUUGCAGUCAGCUAGGAACUUAGGAUACUAUUCCACAAUCGAACAGAAAGGUGAAUUGUAGUUCGAAAAUGAAAGUAAAAUAAAUGAUUUAGUUUUUUUGAGAAUUUAUAUGUUCUAAUAUAGAA